GCCUCAGUGAAGAACAUGAAACAGAUUGUGAUCCUGUGUGUGUUGGUCGCACUCUCGCAGUGCAUCAGGGUGCCGUUGAUUAAGGGCAAAACUGCACGGCAGAGGCUGCAGGAGAAAGGUCUGUGGGAGGAAUACAGAAAGAAAUAUCCCUACAGACCCUGGAUCAAGUUUGAUCAGACUGGUCAAGAGUCCAUGACCAACGAUGCUGAUCUUUCCUACUAUGGCGUGAUCACCAUUGGAACUCCUUCUCAGUCCUUCACAGUGCUUAUGGAUACAGGCUCAUCUAAUCUGUGGGUGCCGUCUGUCUACUGUUCAAGCCAAGCCUGCCAGAACCAUGAUCAGUUCAAUCCACAGCAGUCCAGCACUUUCCAGAGCACCAAUCAGUCUAUCUCUAUUCAGUAUGGCACAGGCAGCAUGACCGGCGUCCUGGGAUAUGACACUGUGACGGUUGGUGGAAUCUCAGUGCAAAAUCAGAUCUUUGGACUGAGUGAGACUGAGGCUACUUUCAUGGCCAGCAUGACGGCAGAUGGCAUCAUGGGUCUGGCCUACCAAUCCAUUUCCUCUGAUAGUGCCACUCCUGUCUUUGACAACAUGAUGAGUCAGGGCUUGGUCUCCCAGGACGUCUUCUCAGUCUACCUGAGCAGCAAUGAGCAAGAGGGCAGCAUGUUGUUCCUGGGAGAGAUUGACACCUCCUACUACACUGGCAGCAUCUACUGGAUCCCUCUUUCCUCUGAGAGCUACUACCAGAUCACCAUGGACAGUGUUACCAUCAAUGGACAGGUUGUUGGUUGUAGUGGUGGUUGUCAAGUUAUUGUUGAUACUGGAACGUCCCUUAUUAUUGGACCAAGCAGUGACAUCAGCAACCUGAAUGCCUAUCUUGGUGCCCAGACAGACCAAUAUGGAGAUUCUAUUGUGAGCUGCAGCAGUGUCCAGAGCUUGCCUUCAGUUACCUUCAACAUUAAUGGCUAUGCCUUCUCCAUCCCUCCAUCAUCCUUUGUCACACAGGGCAACAGUGACUGCCAAACAGGUUUCUCUGGUGGCAACUUUGGAAGCAGCUUCUCCUGGAUCUUGGGUGACGUUUUCAUCAGGAAUUGGUACACCAUCUUUAACAGAGCGAACAACAGUGUGGGCCUGGCUCAGGUGGCUUAAGAACUAAUGGCAAUAUGGAUGAAAUAUUAAACCUUUAUGUCUGUUUUUGCACGUUUUAUCUGAAAAAUCUGAGAACAACUAAAAUGACAAGCAAUAAAUAAAAAUAUCAGCAUUUCAA